AUGGCCACAAAUCACUGCGAGUAUAGGACUCACACUCCGAGUACAGAGCACUGCUUCACACCGACCACCACUGAACCAUACCUUCCCUGCAAACCAUGCAAACACCUCAUAUGGUGUCCGUUCACAGUUCACAUCAUUCACACCAUCACUACAACCAAUGCCACGGAAUCGCAGUUCACUUUCAGGUAUGGGCUGCCCGUUCAUUAUACACGGGAUGUGGUGUAUGGUUGGGUGCAAGUGAUGGUGAUGUGGAUGCGAGAGAUGGCGCCAGUGAUGCCAUUCAUAGUGUCAAUGCUUGGGUGCAUAGGAUUGCAUUCUUGGAGUGAUAACCGAUGCGCUGAUCCGUUCAACGUAUCCGUCGACCAAAAUCUCUUGUCUUUAUGUGACGGAUGUUGUGUUAAAAUAGUGAUGAAUAGAGACACUCCUUAUCAGUCGGUGAGGCGGACGUGUACUUCUAAAAUCCAAAUCAAUCUUUUUAUGGUGGAUCACGUGUGUAUGGAGGAGUCCGAUGGCCACGGACACAUGUGUUUCUGUGAAAGUGAUGCCUGCAAUUCAGCCAAAACUCAUAACUUCCACUUCCAGUGUUUAAUCAAUUAUUUAAUUCCAAUUCUCAUAUUAUAUUUACAACAAUUGAAAAGGACUUUACUGUGAAUACGAGACUAACAAACACUUGAUAUACUCAUACAUUCAUCGAAUAUAGCGAACCAACUUCACGUCGACUAAAUUCAUGUAAAACUCAGUGUUUCUCCGGAACUGAUGGUAACCGGACUGAAGAGAACUCGUAAUAUGUUUAGUGAUUAUUGAUUAGAGGCUGAGAGACUGGAUGUAUAUAUACAACACAAGUCUUAUAUUUUAUAUUAGAAACGAUUUUAUGGCAAACUGUAUGUAAAUAGACAUCAAUUGAUAUAUAGACUAAAAAUUGGAUGUUUUUUGUAUUUAGUGCUGAC